AUGGCAGCCUCAUCCUCGUCAGAAAGCGACAGCAGCUCGAGCCGGUCGUCGACCUCGCCCGAGCCUGGCAACCACCAGAAGGAGAGUGUAAAGUCGGUUUCCAAGGCCGCCAAGGACGACAGCUCCAGCGACGACACUUCCUCCGGAUCGGACAGCUCUUCAGGCUCAGAGUCGGAAAGUGAUUCCGACAACGAAAUGGAUACCACUGAGGAUGCGCCGAAGGAACAAGCUCCUUCCAAGAAGAUCAAUGUAUCCGGUCCGCAACCCUACAAGCCCCCGAAGGGCUUCCAGUCCGCGAAGAAGCAGUCCCCGCCCUCUUCGAACGCCUCCUCUCUCCUCUCCGACUUGCGCGGCAAGCAAGUCAUUCACAUCACCGCUCCCUCAUACCUCCCAUUGUCGAAGGUCAAGGAGAUCUCCAUGUCCAAGAUCAUGAAGGGCGAGCCCAUUCUCGGUUACGAGGGCAAGAGCUAUGGCAUCCCGGCAGAAUCUUUCAAUGACGACCAGUCUGAGGGCAAAACCCUGCUCGUUUUCGACCAGAAUACCCAGACAUAUACCAACAAGGCCGACCGCAUCCCCAGCUAUCAUGUCCAGGAGAUGGUUCACGUACCAGAAGCCGACAAAGCCGCCGUGGAGGCACUGCGCGACACUGUCAAACCCGCAAGGCCCCAACCUAAGGGCUUGAAGAUGCGUUUCCGCCCCGUCGGAAGUCUGCCCGCUCCCCCGGAGAUUCUUGGCUCUGACUCCGAGUCAGAUGCCAGGCCCUCUAAGGCCUCUGCUGGAGAGCGCAAAGAGCGCAAGAGGAAGCACCACCACACCGAUGACGCUGCGCAAGCGGCGGCUAUUCCUCAAAAGAAAUCGAAGAAGCACUCACAAGAAAACGACGCCGACGAGUCUAGCCAUAAGAAGUCGAAGAAGUCCCACAAGGACCACAAGCGGAAAAAGUCCGAAAGGGCAUAA